CAUCGCCCGGGUGUGUCAGGCUCGGCCCACCCGACGCCAGGCAUCAGAUGACCAAUCCAAGAGCCCCAGGUCCCGGGGCCCAACACACCAAGGCAACUCGACGGAGCUCACGGACUUCCAGGUAUACCAGUUGCCCCACCCCAACGUAGAGAAAAUUUAUGUCGAGGUACAGAUAGAGGGGGCCCCAUGCCGCAUGGAGCUUGACACGGGUUCAACUCUAUCCAUAAUCUCGGCAAAGACCUUAAGAAAACUGUGUCCUACGGGGGGUCCCAAACUCAGGCCGGCCCCAUUCACCCUCCGGGACUUCCAGAAACGUAAGGUCCCCACAAUGGGGGUGGGGACCUUCAGGGUGCAAUACCGAGGGCGGACGCGGCAACUGGACUUGCUUGUGGUCAAGGGCUCCUACAUUAGCUUACUGGGAUUGGCAUGGUUUGGACCACUGGGGCUAGCCGUCACCGGGGUGAACCACACUAGCUUACAAGUGGACGUGGACGCCAUAUGCAAGGAAUUUCCGGGGGUUUUCGAUGGGAAAUUGGGACAGUAUACGGGCCCCCCCAUUGCUCUACAGCUUGACCCUGCAGUACGACCGGUCAGGCUCAAGGCCCGCCGGGUCCCGUUCGCCCUGAAACCACGUAUAGACGAGGAAUUGGACCGGCUCGUGGAGCAAGGAGUGCUGGAGCCAGUGCCUAAUGCCCCCUGGGAAACCCCAAUCGUCACACCCGUCAAGCCUAAUGGUUCGGUCCGCAUCUGUGCAGACUACAAAUGUACCAUAAACAAGGCCCUCACGGCCCAUGCAUACCCAGUGCCAGUGGUCAGCCAUGUCCUUGCCACCCUGGCUGGGUCGAAAAUUUUUGGCAAGCUGGACUUGGCCCAAGCAUAUCAACAGCUGCCAGUAGAUGAGGCCACAGCAGAGGCACAGAUGAUUGUGACGCACAGAGGAGCGUUCAGGGUAAAGCGGCUGCAAUUCGGUGUCAGUGUGGCACCAGGCAUAUUCCAGAAUCUAAUGGACUCGCUCCUUAAAGGGAUUCCUGGCGUCACCCCCUUCUUCGAUGAUGUGUUGAUUGCCGGGUCCACACCAGAGGAGUUUGAGGACCACCUCCGCACCGUUCUGCACCGUUUCCAGACGGCGGGUCUCAAGGUGAAGCGGGAAAAAUGUCUACUAGGAGUGCCUCAGGUGGACUUUCUGGGAUUUAUGGUGGACGCAGAAGGGGUCCACCCGACUGGGGACAAGGUACGGGCCAUUUGUGAUGCCCCAGCGCCCAAGAACAAGACUGAACUUCAGGCCUUCUUAGGACUAUUGAACUUUUACCAUUCCUUCCUUCCCCACAAGGCGGCGCGCCAGGAGGCCGCAUUCCAGGCAGUCAAGGACUUGCUUGUCUCAAACUCGGUCUUGGCACACUUCGACGAGAGGCUGCCGGUGGUGCUAGCAUGCGACGCCUCGCCCUAUGGAAUUGGCGCUGUCCUGGGACACCAACUCCCGGAUGGAAGAGAGGUACCAGUGGCAUACUUUUCCCAGACACUCAACGCAACUGAGCGGAACUACUCGCAAAUCGACAAGGAGGGUCUGGCAAUCGUGAAGGGAGUAAAAAAAUUCCAUGAUUUCUUGUACGGGUGGCCCUUCACCGUGGUGACUGACCACAAGCCGUUGCUUGGCUUGUUUGCCCCCGAAAAGCAGACCCCCCAAGUGCUGUCUCCUCGCGUCCUCAGGUGGUCAAUUUUCCUUGCCAGCUACCAGUAUGCACUGAUUCACCGUCCUGGGAAGGCGAUGGGCCAUGCGGACGCCCUCAGCAGGGGAUGGCCCAGCAGCAGCCCCGGGCCAGAAUUCGCCGGCUACACAACCCACAAACAUGAACUGUCGGCCCACAAGGGGUGCCUGUUAUGGAGAAGCAGGGUGGUUGUUCCCCAGACCCUCCGCAAAAGGGUCCUCACAGCCCUACACGAGACACACCCAGGGGUAGUAAGAAUGAAGGCCCUUGCCAGGAGUUAUGUGUGGUGGCCGGGGAUCGACAGAGAGAUAGAGGCCUGGGUCAAACACCGCCAGGCCUGCCAAGAAUCCCGUCCAGAUCCCCCAAGGGCCCCAGUCCAGUCCUGGGAGUCCGCCCGAGCACCAUGGUCACGCCUGCAUGUGGACUUCGCUGGCCCCUUUCAGGGGAAAACAUUCUUCAUAGUGGUGGACUCCUACACCAAAUGGCUGGAAGUCGCACUGGUACCGUCCACGUCUACGUCCACAGCCAUUCGGGUACUACGCAAGCUGUUUGCAACCCACGGGCUCCCUGACACUCUUGUCUCAGACAACGGGACUGCAUUUACGUCAGGAGAAUUUCAAACCUUCACAGCGCAGAACGCCAUCCGCCACAUCCGUUCGGCGCCAUUCCACCCUGCCACCAAUGGCCAAGCAGAACGCAUGGUGCGGACCACCAAGGACACCCUUCGCCGCAUGACACAAGGGGAUUGGGAGUACUGCCUUGCCACAUUCCUUCUAGCACAGCACAGCACCCCCAGCUCAACGACUGGCCGGAGCCCCGCUGAACUACUAAUGGGUCGGCGCCUUGCAAUAAGAUUGGACCGCCUUCACCCCGAUAGAGCUCAGGAUGAGAUAGUGGUGGGGGAAGGCAGGAACCCCCGGACCUUUGUGGCCCAGGACCCAGUGUACGCAAAGAAUUUUGGGGCAGGCCCAGCAUGGGUACCCGCCACAGUCACCAGGGUCACUGGCCCCGUGUCG